AUGUCCGUCGCAAGUCGAGAAAGGGAUAUUUACAGGCGUGAUGCAAAAGUCGACCACAAUCUGCUAACCCCAGCUGAACGAGAACGACUUCUUGAGCCAUAUCUACCGACCCCACCUACUAGAUCUGCUUCUAAACGCGGCAGAAAAGAUGGAAUCCCGAGUAUCCGUAUAGACCAACCCAAAAGUUCGAGACUCGGUGUCCGAAAGUUCCUCAAAACCCAAUUACAUGUCCUCCUUUACGUUAUUGUGCAUGCGGUUUUCUCAGUUUAUAUACGGUUUCGACAGGCCUAUCAUGCGGUAAAGGAUAGGAUAUUCGCUAUUCUGUAUUAUCACCACAGGACGCCGGAGCUUAUACAGAAGGAUGUCAAAGGCCUGAGCAGGUUACCACAGCAUUUGAGUGUAAUAUUGAAGCUUGAAGAUGGGGGAAGGGGAGGCGCUGGGCUAGAGGCGCUGGUGGAUGAAGUUGCGGAGAUUGCGGCUUGGUGUGCUUGUGUGGGCAUUCCUAUGCUGUCGGUAUACGAGCAAUCUGGAAUACUCAAAGGAUACCUUCCAGCAACACAUAGGGCCAUAGCACGAAAACUCUCUUCAUACUUCGGACCCCAACACCCAGCAUUAUCAUUGCGAGCUCCUCACGUACCGUCUAUGGAAUCUCCCUCGAGCCCUCCUACGAGCGAUGCCCCCGGAGCCUCGUCCAAAACCCUAUCUAUCCUCCUUCUUUCCUCAGAGGAUGGCCGAGACUCAUUGGUUGAUUUGACCAAAACCCUCGCUGAAAUGUCACAAAGGUCCAAGCUCUCCUCCAAAGACAUCAGCCCCGACCUAAUCGACGCUGAACUCUCGGAAAGCGUAAUGGGCGAGCCCGAACUUCUAAUACUUUUCAGCCCAUCCGUCGAGCUCUCAGGCUAUCCGCCCUGGCAAGUCCGACUCACAGAAAUCUAUCACGUGCAAGAUAACCAAGGAGUUGGGUAUCAGGUGUUCUUGCGGGCGUUGUACAAUUUUGCGAAUGCACAGAUGCGGUAUGGGAGGUAA